AUGGUCCGCCUACGAGAAAUACCCCGGACGGCAACAUUUGCUUGGUCGCCGGGACCGACCCAGCCAUUAAUUGCUACGGGAACAAAGUCUGGAGCUGUUGAUGCCGACUUUUCAGGCGAUACACAAUUAGAGCUCUGGGAGCUCAAGCUGGAUGAUGUCGAGCACGGAGUAGAGCUCGAGCCUGUUGCGACGGUGAACGUGGAGUCCAGGUUCAACGACAUUGCCUGGAGCCAGCCCAGCGAGCAAUACCCCAGAGGAGUAAUAGCGGGGGCACUCGACAGCGGCGCACUGGUACUCUGGGACGCGGAGAAGCUACGAACAGGUGCAGGAGAUGCCCAGAUUGAGCAGAUCGACAAGCACACCGGACCCAUUCAAGCCCUCCAGUUCAAUCCCUAUCGAUCGAACAUCCUUGCCUCCGCAGGUGCCAAGGGCGAGCUCUACGUCCACGAUCUCGAUGAUCAAUCGAAGACCUUCCGUCUUGGCAAGGCUGGCGCGAACCCUGAUGAAUACACAACAUUGGACUGGAACAAGAAGGUUGCCCACAUCCUUGCGACUGGAAGCAGCGGAGGCUUUGUUACUGUCUGGGAUGUCAGAGCUAAGAAGGAGACUCUCACGCUCAACCACUUCGGCAGGAAAACAGUCAGCGCGGUAUCCUGGGACCCCGAAGUCCCUACAAGGCUGGUCACUGCCAUUCCUACCGAUCAAAACCCGCUCGUCCUGGUCUGGGACCUCCGCAAUACGAAUGCGCCCGAGAAGACGCUGCAAGCACACGAUCAGGGUGUACUGUCUCUUUCGUGGUGUACACAGGACAGCGAUAUCCUGCUCUCUUGCGGCAAGGACAACCGAACAAUUGCAUGGAACCCACACAGCGGAGAACAGUUGGGCGAGUUUCCAGUAGUAACAAACUGGACGUUCCAGACACGACUCAAUCCCUCAAACCCGAACCUCCUCGCCACCGCAUCGUUCGAUGGCAAGAUUGCUAUUCAGACCCUGCAGAACACUGGGGUUGCAACAGAACAGAGCAAGACCGCUGCGCAGGCGCCAGAGGGCGAGGACUUCUUUUCGCAGACACACGUGGAGCCUCAGGGCGCAUCUUUCUCACUGAAGACACCCCCUAAGUGGCUGAAGAGGAGGGCAGGCGUGGCAUUUGGCUUCGGUGGAAAGCUGGUACGAUUCGGUGUUCAUGACGCGAAGUCAAAGAUCACCAUUUCUACAUUCGCUGUAGACUCACAGAUUGGCGAUGCUAGUGAACAGUUCGACAAGGCACUUGAGCAGGGUGACCUCACCGCCAUCUGUGGAGAUAAGAUUGCCAAAGCAGCUACUGAGGAGGAGAAAGCCGACUGGACUGUCAUCGAGACUUUGACAUCCGAAAGCCCUCGAAGCAAGCUGGUCGAGUAUCUCGGAUUCGCCGAUGCAAAAGAGGAGGAGCCUGCAGAGGAGAAGAAGGAGGCCGAGACCAACAGUGCUGAUGAUGGGUCGUCUUUCUUCGACCAGUCCGGUACGGAUGAGGGCAAUUUCCUGUCUGAUCUUGCUGCAUCGAAAGGCGCAAAGACAAACAACCCCUUUCAGGUGUACACCGGUGAGGAGUCCGACGCCGAUAAGAAGAUCACUCGUUCACUCAUGCUUGGCAACUUCGAUGCCGCUCUCGAUGUUUGCCUGAAAGAGAACCGACUUUCUGAUGCUUUCAUGAUCGCAAUCUGCGGUGGAGAGAAAUGCGUUGCAAAGGCUCAAGCUGCAUACUUUAAGAGGCAGUCUGACGCGCCAAACUACCUCCGGCUACUUGCUUCGGUGGUUGGCAAAAACCUCUGGGAUCUCGUAUACAACGCCGACCUUAAGGACUGGAAAGAAGUUAUGGCUACACUUGCUACUUUUGCCGAUCAGUCAGAGUUCCCUGACCUCUGCGAGGCGUUGGGUGAUCGUCUGGAGGAGGCAAUCUCAGAGGAGUCUGGUUCCUACCGAAAGGAUGCAUCGUUCUGUUACUUGGCUGGCUCCAAGCUUGAGAAGGUUGUUGUCAACUGGGCGCAAGAGCUCAAGGAGAACGAAGCUGCCGGUCUGGAGAAGUCUGAGGAGGACAACAGUUUCUCGAUUCAUGCAAGAUCGCUGCAGGAGUUCAUCGAAAAAGUUACAGUGUUCCGUAAAGUGACCGGAUUCAAGGACUCCGAACAGCAGAAGGACGCUGAUUGGAAGCUUGAGCCUCUGUACGCAAAAUACGUUGAGUACGCCGACAUCGCAUCAUCGCACGGACAGCUUGCCAUCGCGGAGAAGUAUUUGGAUCUACUGCCUGAGAAGUACCCUGCUGCUGAAGUUGCAAAAGACCGGGUCAAGCGCGCAACAAGGAAGGCUGCACCACAGCCAGCUACUCAACAACGAGCGCAGCGUGUUGUUCCCACACCAACACCGCAGCAGAACUCUUCACUUUACACGCCAUCUAACCCACUAGCAUCAUCGGCACCAGCGCCAGCGCCUUCGCCUUAUGCGCCCAUCAACCCACUUGGGCCGCAGGCUCAGCCUUCCCAGCCAUCAGCUCAGAAUCCAUACCUUCCUACACCUAAUGCUUUCGGUCAACAGCAGCAGACCCCUGCUCGUGGGCCUGGAUACAAUGGUGCCUACAACAACAGCUCCUUCAACCCGUCUCAGCAAAACCCAGUGCCACCUCCUCCACGUAGUUUUGGUGGAAUGCCUCCGACUUCCGCUGUUCCUGCCGUCAGCCGAGGUCAUAUUCCUGCGUGGAACGAUACUCCUGACUUUGGACCACCCAAGCCAGCAUCACGUCGCGGAACUCCUCUUAACACUGUAGGUUCGCCUUUCCCCAACCAGCAACCAGGCUUUGGCGCGCCACCUCAAGGUCCGCCGCAGGGACGACCAACACCUCCGCCUCCACCCAAGGGCCCACCUCAGGGGUCUUCUAGGGUAAUGUCGCCGCCCCAGUCGAGUGCUUCACCAUCUGCGCCCAACCCCUACGCUCCAUCGCAGCCGACUGGCUUUGCUCCUCCACAGCAACCACCAGUGCAACGUGGAGCUUCGCCGUACGCUCCACCAACGUCGGCAGCACCAGCGUCGAACCGCUAUGCGCCUGCACCAGGCUCGCAGCCAUCUCCCGCCCCAGCUUAUGGAGGUAUGCCACCGCCGCGGAACAUUGCGCCACCGCCUGGCCAAUUUCCACUGGCAGCGUCACCGUACGCGCCUUCGCCGGCUCAACAGGCGCCACCGGCAGCCGCACCGCCUCCACCCAGAGGCCCGCCUCAAGGUCCUCCUCGUGCUGGUCCCCCGUCCGGAGGACCACCCCAGGGUGGACCACCAAGGCCAGAUUCACGAUCGAGCCUUGCGCCACCCCCAACUGCUGCACUUUCUGCAUCCAAACACCCUCGUGGCGAUCGAACGCACAUCCCCGAGAGUUCCCAGUUAAUCUACGAGAUUCUGAAUGCAGACAUGCAGCGUGUCAAGUCCAAAGCGCCCGAAAAGUUCAGACUGCAUGUGAUUGAUACCGAGAAGCGUCUCAACAUCCUGUUCGACCAUCUCAAUAAUGACGACGUCAAGCCAGAUACCGUUCAGCAGUUGAACGAAAUGGCAAACAACAUCCAAGCGCGACAAUAUGAUCAAGCGGGUGUGAUCUUUUCUGACAUUAUGACCAACAAGACAGAUGAGGGCAGCGACUGGAUCGUCGGUAUCAAGAGGUUGUUGCAAUUUAGCAAGUCCACCCAGUAG